CCGUGGAGCACACCCAACCGAUGGGAGCCUAUUGAAUAGGUAUCGAGUGCGCCCCGAUUGCCGUCCGCUGAAUAGCAACGAAACGUUCACCUUCUCAAUCCGCGGACUCGAGCACGACGUCAAUCAUGUCGACGGCCGUGAAGAGGGCUUGCGAUGCCUGCCAUCGUCGCAAAGUCAAGUGCGACGGAAUCAAUCCUUGCCGCAAUUGCUCUGCCUCCCAGCUGUCCUGCACGUACAAUGCAAUCCCGCAGAAGAAGGGCCCGAAAGGCUCGAGGGCCAAGGUCAUCAGCGAGCUCCGGGAGACCCAACGCCAGACGAGUCUUUCUGCAAAGGUGCAGAACAGAUUGAACGGCGUCAACAGCCCGCCCUCGAGCCCAAGCCUGGCACCGACUCCGGGACUUCUCACCCCUGACAUCGUGAAGGAAUCCAUCGAGUUUUUCUUCGCCAACAUGUACCCGACAAUGCCGAUCCUCCACCGCCAGCGGCUUGAACAGCAGUCGCUCUUUAUGGACCAGAGCCUAGACACGUACUGUCUGCUGACUUCGCUCUCUGCGUUUAUGAUGCUGCAGCCUGGCAUGACGAUGCCUGGGAGCGACCCCUACAGCCUCGAUAGCAUGCCCGGCGCAAACAUUGUCUCUGGAACUUUGCUGAUGGAGGAGACUGUGCGUGUUCGCAAGGGCUACGACUACCUUGACACGCCAACCCUCAAUACACUCUGUACGAGCUACUUCCUUUUCGGCUGCUAUUAUGCCUUGGACAUGCAUGACAAGGCCUGGUUCCACUUGCGAGAGGCUACUACGUUACUGCAUAUGAUCGGGAUGAACCACGAGGACACUUACAGACAGUACGACGAUAUUGAGGCAUCGAGGCGGAGACGUCUAUUUUGGCUGUUCUUUGUGACUGAAAGGGCCUACGCCUUGCAGCGCCGCCGACCCUUGACGCUUCAGGCCACCAUCAACCUCCCGACGCCGGGCGAUGAUCCCACCGAUCCACUUGCGCACCAGCUAAGCGGCUUCAUCCUCCUCGUCAAUUUGUUCCGCCCGUUCGAUGACGCCUUCGUCGCACUCUUUACCAGGGUUAGGGGAGACUGUUCGGCGCCAUAUGUCUCGGCCCUGCAGAAGCAACUGCAGGAAGCCCUGCCGUCGUACCUGAACUCGCAGGAAUCUCAGCUCGCCGAAUUGCAAGUGGACCAACAGUGGCUCAAGAAUGUGCAAUGGCAGCUGAGCAUGGCCAAUGGAAACGCCCCCGAAUUGUAUUCCAUUGACAUCGGACGUGACCUGCUUCCUAUGGUGUCGCAUUUCCCAGGAAGCCUGGGCCUGCUCGGCCUUGGUUUGAUUGACAAGCUCUGCGAAAUAUCCUGCGCCUUGACCGAGUAUCUGUCGAUGCAGCCCACCUCCCGCGAUCCUUUCAGUGUCGGACCCCGGGAACAUCUUCAUCAAAUGCUGAACGUGAUCUCGGUGCUCCGUAAUGGCGACCAACGGUUCCUGCCCUUGCUUCUCAGCAAGGUUCACGACAUCCUCCCGCGUCUCGCAAAUCCGAUGCUUCAAAAUGCUCCCGAGAAUGCUUGCAACAUUGACAUCUUUGACGGUUUCGGCAAUGCUGGUAUGGCCCAGCCGCCCAUGUUCCCGCAUGAGGAGUACGAGAACAAAUUCGCCGUCCCUCGUAUGGACGAACUCAGUAAUGACUCGGGUAGUUCUGCCUGUGGCGCUCCCUCGAAGAACGACAUCAACUCGCCCUUUGCUAGUUCUCCGGGGAUCAUGUCUCCCGGGAUUGAGAUUGGGCAUGGUUUGCCUCACGACUUCGGUUCCAUGCCUGACCUUGUCAUGAGUUCGAUGAAUGGGAACAACGGACCGUUAAAUACGCCUGGGCCAAUUGGUAACCAUCAACCACACCACCACCACCAGCAUCAGCAGCAGCAACCGCAGCACCAGCAAAACCAGCAGCACCAGCAGCAGCACCAGCAGCACACGCAACACCAGCAGCAUCAGCAGCAGCAACAUCAUUCGAUGUCCGGAUUUCAGAACAUGAAUCCGCACAUGGGCAUGAGCCAGGCACCACCAAUGACGCUGGGUACACAGUCUCUGAAUCAAGGCCUAGGCCUCGGUCAAGGGCUCAACCCUGGCAUGGGCAAUGCUUUGAGCAAUAGGCUAAGCAACUCUAUGGCUCCGGCCAUGAGCGGAAGCAACAUGAUGGCCCGACAGCAACCACAGCGAGCUAGUAGUUUCGCCAUGGUGCCGCCUCACAUCCGCACCGUUGGAGACUUCCAUGCACUACAGCGAGCCAAUACCUCCGACUUGAGCCCAAUGACACCGCUGGGAAUAAGUAGCAUGGGGCCCGAUAUGGACUUCAACACGCUGCCGAGGUAGUGAUGCCGGUCCUGGAUUGGGAGUAUCAGGCCCCGGACUAGUCUGCGCCGGGCCUGACUGCCCCCAUGCCAGCGACCCCUCAGGCGCAAUACCUAGGUUGCCUCCCAGCUCCCACCCUACGUGUUGCUAUGGGACAUGCUUCCCCGCCACGUAUUCCCCCAUAUAUCCUUACCCCAUGUUCUCUUUUGUCUUGGAUAUGCACCGG